AUGUCUUACAACGACAACGACAGCUCCAGCUACGGCGGCAAUAACGACAGCUUCGGCACGUCAAACCGUAGCGGAGGCAAUAACUCCUACGGCUCUUCUGGCCGGGAUAAUGACAGCUCUUAUGGCUCGUCUGGCAACAACAAGUCCUCAUACGGGUCUGGUGGUAACGACUCCUAUGGCUCCAACAACAACAGCAACUAUGGCUCCUCCGGCAACAACAAGUCCUCAUACGGGUCUGGUGGUAACGACUCCUAUGGCUCCAACAACAACAGCAACUAUGGCUCCUCCGGCAACAACAAGUCCUCAUACGGGUCUGGUGGUAACGACACUUACGGCUCUUCUGACAAUGACAAUAGCUAUGGCUCUUCUGGAAACAACAAGUCCUCGUACGGAUCCAGCGGCAACGACUCUUACGGGUCUUCUAACAAUGACAACUAUGGCUCUUCUGGAAACAACAAGUCCUCGUACGGAUCCAGUGGUAACAACUCUUCCAACAAUGACAGUAGCUAUGGCUCGUCUGGCAACAACAAGUCCUCUUACGGAUCUAGCGGCAACGACUCUUACGGCUCUUCUAACAAUGACAACUAUGGCUCUUCUGGAGAUAACAAUUCCUCCUACGGAUCCAGCGGUAACAAAUCUUCCAAUAGCGGCAACAACAACAAGUCCUCGUACGGCUCUUCUGACAACGACAACAACUACAGCACAUCUGGCAACACCAAAUCCUCCUACGGGGCCAGCGGCAACGACUCCUACGGCUCAUCAGGCAGCAGCAGCAACAACAACAACAACAACAACAACAACAGCUCCUACGGCUCCAGCGGCGGCAGCACCUUUGGCAAAGUCCUCGAGACGGCUGGCAACAUGCUCAGCAGCAGCACGCUCCAGCAAAAGGGGCGUGACAAGCAGGCCCGCGACGACGACUACUAA